GGUGCCCCCUGAGGACCAUGUUCUCCCUGGCUGGUGCCCUUCUCUGCUGCGUCUUCAUCCUCAACUCCAAGCCCAGUGAUGGUGCUCACAUCAUUGAUGGGACGGAGGUGAAGCCUCACUCCCUCCCCUACAUGGUGAGGUUGAUGAUCGGGGACACAUACUGUGGAGGGACUCUCAUCCAUCCGAAGUGGGUUCUGAGCGCCGCCCACUGUGCAGGAGAUAUGAAGGUGAUCCUGGGCGCUCACUCCAGCCAGCUCUGGGGGGAGCAGGGUUCCAGACAGUACCGAGGUGUGUCCCGUCAGGUGAUCCACCCCUUGUACGACGAUAAACGGUUCAGCUACGACCUCAUGUUGCUGGAGCUGGACCAGCCCGCUCAGGUGACGGAGACGGUGAAGCCUCUGGCUCUGGGGGACGGAGAGUACCCUGAGGAUGGGGUCAUAUGUCUGGUGGCCGGGUGGGGCGACACUGAACAUGAUGUGGAACCCGACGCGCUGCUGUCAACCCAGGUGAAGGUGAUCGGCCGGAAGACAUGCAACUCUGCUGACUACUACGACGGACAUCCCUUCAUCAGCAGGGACAUGAUCUGUGCAGGGUCUGCUGGGGACGACAACAGCGACACGUGUACGGGCGACUCUGGGGGCCCUCUGGUGUGCGGUGGCGUUCAGGUGGGAGUCACCUCUCAUGGCAGGGACUGUGGAUUUGCAGACUCCCCCGGGGUGUAUGCUCACGUCUCCAAGGAGGCACUUGACUGGAUCCAUGAUACAAUUGCAGAUUAGAAUCUUGAGAUUCAACUGA